AUGUAAUAGCAUAGUUUAGAUGAUGACAUACUUUACUAGGUAUUUCAACUCAAUUUAUAAUAGUUGAGACGCAUUUUAAGUUUUUAAUUCUUAAGUAGAAACUAUUUUCUAUUAAGAAAAUUUGAUCCUAAUACAGGCUGUAUAAAUCUUUAGUGUUUGGCUAAGGAAAAAAGUUUUAGACAAUUAGUAGAUUAUCCCUAUGGAAUAGAAACAAUAGCCAAUGUAUAAAUUUUAAAAUAUUCACUUUUAGAUAUUAAUUUAAUAUAACUACACUAAUUGGAUUUUUGAUCAAACCUUCCAUGUCAUUAGACCAAUCUUUGAAAAAGAAAGAAAAUAAGUCUAAAUUUUAAUUAAAAAAAAUAAUGUUGAUGAAUUUAAGAUUUUUUUAGAAGAAUUUGACAUUGUAAAGGAAUACGAAGUUUAAGAAGCAGAGUAUAUAGCAAACAAGGAUAUGAUCAAAAUAUUCAUCAUUUUUGAAAAUGAGGAUGAUGCAUAGAUUAGUUUUAGUAAAAUCUAACAAUGUAAAGCAUUAGUAACAUUUAAAUAUAAAUUUUUAAGUUUGCAAUAUAAAAUGCAAAAAUGGAAGAAGUUGAUUAUUUUUAAAAAUUUCUUAAUAUUGUUUAAUCUAAACAAUAAUAAUUUUAAGAUUAUAGAAUGAAUAAUCAUAAAAACUAUUAAAAUAAUUAAAUUGAUGACUAAUAAUUUUAAUAAUACUCAUAAGCUUAAUAAUAAAAUUAAUAAUUUUAAAAUUAAAAAUUAUAUGAAAAUGAUAAAUAAUUUAAGUAAGAUUAUUCUUCCUCUGAUAUUGUAAACUAAAGAUUGAAUCAAAUAAGAUCAAAUGAAAAAAUUGAAUUAAAUUAUGCUCCUGUAUAAGAAUAGUAAUCUAUGUUUUCAUUUGUACCUUUUUUAAAUUCUACAUAAUCAAUAACUAAUCAAAUAACACAAGAUAUUCCAAAAUUUAUUGAAAAAAACAAUUCUAUUGAUAAAAUUUAAGAUGAAAGAAACACAGAAAAUAUGAAAUAAUCUGAAUAUAUUGAAUAUUAAACCAAUCAAAUAUAAAUACUAAGUGAAACUGAAUCAAAUAAAGAAAAUUCUUUGGAGAGAAAUAAUAAAUAAACACAUUAAAAAGAAUUAUAUUAAUAAAAAUAAUACAUGGAUUAAGGAUAUUAAAAAAAUGGAUAUGUAAAAAUUGAUUAAUAAUUAUUAGUAAAAACGAAGAAAUAAUUAUGGCAAUAAUCAAAAUAGACAAAAUAAUAACAAAAAUAAUAGAAAGCAACAAUAUUAUAGCAAUUAUAGUAUUAUAUUUCAUAAAUUUAGAUCGUUUAGAGGAUGAUUUAAGGGAGUUUACUGGAUUUAAGAAAUAUUAAUAAAGAUAGCAGAAAGAAUAUUUUGAGUUAAAGAAGGAAUAUUGA